AUGUGCAGACACAAGCCACUGCGGGGAGAUGAUAAAAGAAUCGUCCUUGUUGGGAAGACUGGAGUUGGCAAAAGUUCCACAGGAAACACCAUCUUAGGAAUCAAAGCAUUCCAUCAGGAGGCUAGCUCAAAGUCAAUAACAAAAAUAUGUAAGCUUGGCAAGAAUGUUGUGAAUGGACAGCACGUGUCAGUUGUGGACACUCCUGGAUUGUAUGAAACAGAUAUUCCUGAAGAAGAAGUUAUUCCCGAAAUAAUACAAUGCGUUGAUAUGACAUCACCAGGCCCACAUGUUUUCCUGUUGGUGGCAUCCAUUGGCCGGUUCACCAUGGAGGAAGUCCAGGCUGUCCUAAAAGUUCAGGAAAUUUUUGGUGAUAGAGCCCUAAAAUAUAUGAUGGUUCUCUUCACACGAGGUGAUGACUUGGAAGGAAGUAUUGAAGAAUACCUGGCAAAUGGCCAGAGAGAACUGAAGAAUUGUAUUGAGAAGUGUGGAGGCAGGUACCAUGUUUUCAACAAUAAGGACAAGAAGGACCAUGAGCAAGUUACCACACUGCUGAAAAAGAUUGAUGCUAUGGUUGAACAAAAUGGUGGGGAGUGUUACACAAAUCUGAUGUACCAGAUGGUGGAAGAGCACAAGAGAAGAGAAACCAAGCUCAAGAAAGAAAUCCAAAAUACUCAUGAUGCGAUGAAAAAGAAGGAAGAACAGCUGCUGGAGAAGAUCAAACAGAUAGAGCAGCAGCAAAAGGAAGAGAAAUUACGCGAUAGGAAUCUUUAUGCACAGGUCUCCAAAGUGGUUCCACAGCCCUCCGGGAAAACCCAAGAAAAGGUGCCUGCCCGUGAGGAAAAAGGAGAGGAAAAAAGUGAAAAAGAGAAGCGGCAAAAUGGCGUAACAGCAAUGAAAAACGUACUUGAAAUGGAACAACAGCACAAAGCAGAGCAGGCCAUGCUUAAAAAGAGGAUGCAAGACACAGAGCGCAACGUGGAGAUUGCUGCAGCACAGCACCAGCAGAGAAUGCAAGAGAAGAAGGAAAAGCUUGAGUCAGAGAAGAAUAAAAUGGUGAUGGAGCAUCAGAGGAAGAUGAAAGAGUUAGAACAAGAGGCAGCUUCUGUAGAGAAACCAACCAUCUCCUUUUCUGAUACAAGAAUUGUCCUCGUUGGGAAGACUGGUGUUGGCAAAAGCGCCACAGGAAACACCAUCUUAGGAACCAAAGCGUUCCAUCAGCAAGCUUCCUCAAGGUCAGUAACAAGAAUAUGCAAGCUUGGCAAGAAUGUUGUGAAUGGACAGCACAUUUCAGUUGUGGACACUCCCGGACUGUAUGACACAGAUAUUCCUGAAGAAGAAGUUAUUCCAGAAAUAAUACAAUGCAUUGAUAUGACAUCACCAGGCCCACAUGUUUUCCUGCUGGUAGCAUGCAUUGGUCGGUUCACCAAGGAAGAAGUCCAGGCUGUCCUAAAAGUUCAGGAAAUUUUCGGCGAUAGAGCCCUAAAAUAUAUGAUGGUUCUCUUCACACGAGGUGAUGACCUGGAUGGAAGUAUUGAAGAAUACCUGGCAAAUGGGCAGAAAGAGCUAAAGAACUGUAUUGAGAAGUGUGGAGGCAGGUACCAUGUCUUCAACAACAAGGACAAGAAAAACCGUGCGCAAGUUACCUCACUGCUGAAGAAAAUUGACUCCCUGGUAGAAGAGAAUGGAGGAGACUGUUAUACUAAUAUGAUGUACCAGGUGGUAGAGGAGUAUAGGAGAAGAGAAGCCAAGCUCAUGAAAGACAUUGAAAUUACUAAAGAAAAAAUGAGAAAGAAAGAGGAAGAGCUGCAGGAGAUAAUCAAUUUGAGAAAGCAAGAACAAACGAACCUUAAAUCAACUGAAAACACUCUUAAUGCAAAACUGUCCAAGAUAGCUCUUGAGGCGCCUGAGGAAACCAAAGAAGAGGUGAACAAAGAAAAAGAACAGAAAAGCAGUGAUAAACCCAACUAUGGAGACUCAUACAUGAGGAGAGUGUUUGACCUGGAACAACAGCGCAAAUCAGAGCAGGCCAUGCAUAGGAAGCGGAUGCGAGAAGCAGAGGUUCAGAUGCAAAUUACAGCGGCUCAGCACCAGCGGAGAAUGGAAGAGACGAGAGAAAAGAUUGAGCUGGAGAAGCUUGAAAUGUUCAGGGAGCAUCAGAAGAAAAUGGAUGAGUUAAUGCAAGAGAUUCAGCAAACAAGGGCUGAAAAAGAGGAAUGGUUGCACAAAAAUCUACAGAAGAAAACCGGAGGCUGUACCAUCUCGUAG